GAAGAAACGAAACCCCAGCCCUUCACACGUGACACGCAAGGGCGGGCCUAGCCGAGCCCUGCUGUUCCGGGGAAAGGGAUCCCGCCGGGUGCAGACGGCUCAGCAGGUUCGUGGGAACCCGUCGUGCCCGUCUCUUCUCUCCGUGUCUGUCUCUUGCUCUCCACCGUGCGCGGUGCCAUGGCGCGCUUGGCAACCUGGCUUUCCUUCUUCUUGGCCGCCCUGCUGCAACUCGGGCCGUGCACAGCCGACACCCCGGCCAACUGCACGUUUGAAGACCUGGAGGGCACCUGGGUGUUCCAGGUGAGAAGCGGGCAGGGGCCCCCGACCCGGGAGAUCAAUUGUUCCGACGUGGGUCCUGUGGAGAAAAAAAUAACUGUACAUCUUCAGAAACUUGACGUAGCUGAGGACGAUCGUGGGAAUUACGGCUUUUUCACCAUAAUUUACAACCAGGGCUUCGAGGUUGUCUUGAAUAGCUACAAGUGGUUUGCAUUUUUUAAGUAUAAAAAAGAGGGCUCCACCGUGACGAGUUACUGCAACGAGACUCUACCAGGCUGGGUGCAUGAUGUGCUGGGCCAUAAUUGGGCAUGUUUCACUGGAAUCAAGGUCUCCCCUUCAGGUCCCCAAGUCCGUGUCCAUCAACUGCCUCCUUUGAAGAGCUCAAGAAGAAUUCAGCAGAGGCUCCACGUGACCAACUAUGAUUUUGUGAAAGCCAUCAAUGCUGUUCAGAAAUCGUGGAGAGCCACUGCCUACAAAGAAUACGACGGGCUUACUUUAGAAGACCUUGUUCGUAGAGCUGGAGGACUGAGAUCCAAAACUCCCAGACCAAAACCUGCACCCCACACUUCUGAGAUACUCAAAGAGGCUUCCAAUCUGCCAGAAUCCUGGGACUGGAGAAAUAUGCAUGGUGUGAAUUACGUCAGCCCAGUACGAAACCAAGGCUCCUGUGGCAGCUGCUAUGCCUUUGCUUCGAUGGGCAUGCUGGAAGCCAGGAUUCGCAUCCUCACCAACAAUUCCCAGAUGUCAACACUGAGCCCUCAGCAAGUUGUUUCCUGCAGUGAAUACUCCCAAGGUUGCGAUGGUGGAUUUCCUUACCUUAUUGCUGGAAAAUACCUGCAGGAUUUUGGCGUUGUGGAGGAGGACUGCUUUCCUUACAAAGGCAUGGAUUCCCCCUGCACUCCCGUGAACGACUGUUACCACUACUACACCUCCAACUAUUACUACGUGGGAGGGUUUUAUGGCGGGUGCAACGAAGCCCUGAUGAAACUGGAGCUCAUCAAGCACGGACCGAUGGCUGUUGCUUUUGAAGUCUAUAAUGACUUCAUGUACUACUCGGGAGGAAUCUACCACCACACAGGCCUGAUGGAUCCUUUUAACCCUUUCGAACUGACCAAUCACGCCGUUUUGCUGGUGGGGUACGGCAGCGAUCCCCAUUCCGGUGAGCCGUUCUGGAUUGUGAAGAACAGUUGGGGAACGUCUUGGGGUGAAGAAGGGUAUUUCCGGAUCCGGAGAGGCUCUGAUGAAUGUGCGAUAGAGAGCAUUGCAGUGGCUUCUACACCUAUACCUAAAAUAUAGCUGUGGGAUUAUCUCAGGUGGCCUCUGUCCAGUGGCGGGAUUCAAGUAAUUUAAGUUCUCUGCCCUCAUGAUUUCUUCCAACAACCAGUUUGCCAAACUACUCAGAAAGUUAACAACCGGUUCUCCCAAAGUGGUGCGAAUUGGCUGAAUCGCACCACUGCCUCUUGUCUAGAGAGCAGGCGUGUCCACCCUAGAAGUGCAAUGAAUAUACCUUACAGCUAGUCCUUGACUUAUGACCACGCCCAUUUCCGUUGCUAAGCAAGACAGGUGUUCAGUGAGCUUUGUCCCAGUUUACGGCCUUUUUUUUGCCCCCAUUAAGGGAUCACUGCAGCUGUAACAGGGUUGUUAAGUCAAUCCGACUUCCCUGUUGACUUUGCUUAUUAGAAGGUUGGGAAAAGUGGAUCACAUGAUCCACCCCGGACACUGCAACCGGCAUAAGUACAUGCCAGUUGCCAAGCAUCUGAAUUUUGAUUUUGUGAUGUCUCAGAGAUGCAACAGUGAAAACGUUCAUAAGUUCAUCUUUUUCUGUGCCAGUGUUAAGUCCAAACAAAUUGUUCUAAAUCAAGGACUACCUGUACAUAUUGGGCAAGGCGGAUGGAGUUGGGAUGAAGGAACCUUGACAAUAGAUUCCUGUUCUUAACUUUCAAGCAAGGAUUGGCAGCCAUGAUUGAGAGCAAGUUUACUCAUCAUAAUCCAUGGUCAUUUCGGUUUGGUGUGAUAAAACAGCCAAUCACGAUUAACACUCUUCUGCCAUUACGUCAGAAAAGGACAGUGAUUAAAAUAGACUAGGGGAAUGGUAGUGUGGAAUGGAAGCCCAACUGUGACCUGAUGUUUUCAACCAUGGUUAGUUUAAUGUCUACGGAGAUUCUCAAUUCAUCCAGGUCAUGGUUGUCCCAUAGGUGCUUUUUUUCCCCCAAAAGGCAUCUAGGUUUUCUUGGUUUUUCUUUUGAAGACAUUUUGCUUCUCAUCCAAGAAGCGCCUUCAAUCCUAACAUUUAGAAUUGAAGAACUAACAUUUAGAACCAACUCAGCUCAGUUAGAACUGAGUUAGAACUGAAAAAGCUUCUUGGAUGGAAACAUUUUCAAAGAAGAAAGCCAAGAGCAUUCAAUUGCCUUUUUGUGGGGGGGAAAACCAUCUUUGGAACGUGGAUCGUGUACCUGAACAUUUCUUAGCCAUAUUAAUCAUGUUUCUUAAGAUAAAGUGGUACACUCCGCUUCAUGGAAGUAAUUGGUAUAUUUUAAUGUUUACAAUCUAGCUAUAAAUUUGAUUACAAUGUAUGAAAACUGAAUAUUCAGUGUGUUUUUCUCCCACACUUCUUUUCCUUCGUGCCUUUCCCCCCCCUUUUGAUUUUUGCCAGAAAUAUUUUUCUAAUCUGCCAUAGUAUUUUUUUUAAUUGCUGUGCCUUAACAAAAGAAACAAAGAAACUUGAAUGUAGAAGAGUGUGUCUUGCAUGCAAAAUGAUUAUAUUUUACUGUGAUUUUGUGUUUGUAAAAAAAAAAGGGAAACUUAUAAAGUAUCUUUUGAAUGCAAUACCUGGGAUGACAACAUUCAUUUGAUCCGCAAUUUUGAGCACUGCAGUGCAGCCUUAUUGUUUGCUUCUUUUGAAGAUCAUCAGGGUUUUUUUUAUAUAUGAUUCUGAAAUAAAGAAAUGUUUCUCCGUU